AUGAAGUUGUUGUUUUUGUUGGUGUGUGUCAUGGUGGUGACGAUUGUUCUGGCUAGUUCACCAUUGGUACAGGUCAAUAUUGGCACGGAUACAAUUGCCAAUGCUCUUUGUGAUGAUAAUAACAAUAAUUGUCAACAAAAUCAAGGAAAUGGUAAUGGUGGAGGGAAUACCGGUGGUACUGGUAACACUGGUAACACUGGUAAUACCGGAGAUUCCAGUGAUUCUAGUAGUGAGGAUAGUUCAAGUGACGAUUCUAGUAGUGAGGACAGUUCAAGUGACGAUUCUGACGAUUCUGGUAACACUGGUAAUGAUAGCAACCCAGAUAACACCGGAAACACGGGUGAUACAGGCGAUGAUACCGGAAACACUGGUAAUACAGGCGAUAAUACCGGAAACACUGGUAACACAGGUGACAAUACCGGAAAUACUGGUACCACUGGAAAUGGUACUUCUUCAGCACCAGGAGGAGAAUACUCUGGGGACACCUCCAACUACUGUUUCCUUGAAGUUGAAGAAACAUGCAGCGCCCAACAAAAUGCAUUGUAUUGUAAAUCAUCCUACGGUGACUUUGACCCAAUGGCCGCCCAAUUUUCACAAAUGGUCCGCAAUGUAAUGCGCCACAGCUACGAAUACCUAGCUCUCUACAUCCAACACUCAAACUACCUCGUCAAUCGCAAAGGUUUCGCUAAACUCUUCCGUGAACUCUCCGAUUACAAAUGGAACCUCGCCAAGUACACAAUCAGUUACAUCACCGAACGUGGUGGAGUCAUGCAAUUCUCCCCACCUCCACCUCCCUGUGAUUAUGGACCUGUUGAAGACUCAAAUGGCGGUAGUAAUGGAACCGGUACAACCAGUUCAUCAGAUCCUGGAGAAUACACUGGUAAUCCUGAUGGAUACCAACUGAGUGAAAUAUUAAGUCUUGCAUUUUCGAAUGAUAUUGAGAAAGAAGUUGCGAUUGCAGCUGAUGGUUUACAUUUAAUCGCUGUGGGAACAACAGGACAUGAUGUACAAAGUGCAAUGUAUCUACAGGAGACUUAUGUGCAACCACACAGGAUGUUGACUACGAUUGAUCAAAUGGUUGCUUUGUAUCAUUUCGAUGACUUGCUAUGGAGUUUCAGCGUUUUUGAGUAG